AUGGCUGCUAUUCGUGAGGUAAUGACUGUUGACUAUGGACUCGAAUCUGAAUCCUUGCAAAUGACCGAGGGAGACUGCCAUAGACUGAAUGAGAAUGGAUCGAGGAAUCUCACGGUUAGCAAAAAAUAUCCCGAAUGGCGUAACAGAGGAGUUACCAACAUAGUAGAGGUUUUUGAGUCCGUGGGCACCCGAAGAAAGAGGGCGAGUUGUGAAGAAGAAUUGAGGGAGCAAGCAAAACUGUUGCAAACCGAGCUCAAAACAAAGAAGGAGUUAAGAAGGUCCUUAAAGCAUCAGUUAGCUGAGGAAAAGACUAUGAGGAAGUCAGCUGAGGAAGAAAGAGACUCUGCUUUGAGAUCUAAAUCAGGAGAAGGAACAUCCACCCAACCAGCUUUCACAACCCAGAUCCCGCCGAUGCCUGCGACUCUCUUCAAUCCAUCAAAUUUAGGGACAAGUAGAAUCUCGUCUGAGUCCCAAUACGUUACACAUUUCCCAACUCAGCCUGUAUACCCAAUGAGGAUCCCUCAUGCUGUUGAGCCAACCUUGGUAGAGUCUCACCAUGACAAAAUGAUAGGAGAUGAAGGUUUAGAGAAAUGGGCUGCCCUAGAAGAGCGGGUGAGGGCAGUUAAAGGAAAUAAUUUGUAUGACCCUGUGAAAGCCGUCGAGAUGUGUUCAGUACCAAACGUAGUUAUUCCUAAGAAGUUUAGGGUGCCGGAGUUUGUCAAGUACACCAGGACUCAAUGCCCGGUGACCCAUCUUAAAGCAUAUUGUAAUAAGAUGGCUGAAGUAGUACAUGACGAGAAGUUGUUGAUCCAUUUCUUCCAGGAUAGUCUGAGUGAAGUUGCUCUUACUUGGUACAUGCGCCUAGACAACACCAAGGUGAAAGGAUGGAAAAACCUAGUCGACCUCUUUGUUGGGCAAUACAAGUUCAAUAUGGACAUAGCUCUUGAUAUAUCCUGCUUGCAUACCUUGGAAAAAGGUCAUAAGGAAUCCGUGAGGGAAUACGCACAAAGGUGGCGCGAAACGGCAGCACAGGUUAAUCCACCACUUUUGGAAAAGGAAAUGAAAGGCCUAUUCUCUAAUACUUUCAAAGCCCCAUACUUCGAAUACCUGGUCGGAAGUUCUGCACAAAAUUUCUCUGAUUUGGUUGUUAUAGCUGAAAGAAUCGAGCAAGCUGUUCAAAUGGGUAGGAUUACGAAUCCUAGUGAAAAGAGGGGUUUUAUUGGACGUAGGAAGGAAGCUGAAAUUCACAACAUUGGAGAUGAGAGCAAAGAGAGGAAGAAAACUUACCAAGAUAACUACAAUUUCAAGCCCUUUAUACCCACUUCCUCCGUAUCCAACCUAAAUUUCGCAUCACCAUUUCCUGGAAACCAAACAAACACCCAAAACAACCUAAACAACCCAGCCAACAACACCUUUCACCCACGUAGGAAUUUCCCUCCAGACCAAGAGCAACUUCUACCGUUACCCAUGCCACUCACGGAAAUGUACCAAAGACUGCUCAGUAUUAGUCAAGUGGUGUCUGUGUCGUUGAUACCUUUACAACCACCAUUCCCUAAUUGGUACAAACCAGAUCAAAAGUGUGAAUACCAUGCUGGCGCGGUUGGCCAUAAUAUUGAUGGGUGUUUGGGAUUUAAAAGAAAAAUCCUUCAACUCAUCAAGACAAGAUGGAUUUCUUUUGAUGAAUCCCCCAACGUAAGAACAAACCCGCUACCAAACCAUGCUUCUGGAAGUGGAGGGGUAAACGCUGUAGAAAUGGGAGGAAAGAAAGAUGCAAUCCCAAAGCUAACAAAGGAGAGAUUAUACGGGAUACUAAAACUGGCUGGGCACCUCAAAGCACCUACCUAA